AUGGCACAGUCGCUAGUUCAAUCAGGCCUUCUCCACAGUAUCUCGCGCCCAAAUCCACAACCUCUUGUAGCAUUCGAGCAUUUUGCCCACCACGCAGCCCAAAAAUCUACCAUCAUCCUCCUUGGCGGUCUUGGAGACGGCCUCUUGACCAUUCCGUACACUUCAAACUUAGCGGCUCGGCUACCAAAUCAUUGGCGUAUCGUGGAGCCUAUCCUCGGCUCCGCUUACAGGCAAUGGGGUUUUUCGACUUUAGGCGAGGACGUGGAAGAGAUUGUGCUUUUGGUGCAGUAUUUCAGGAGUAAUGGCGGCAAGGUGGUGCUUAUGGGUCAUUCGACCGGGUGCCAGAUGAUCAUGCAUUAUUUGUCUAGUCCGUUACGGCGUGGAGACGGGGAGCGUCCGAGGAUCGAUGGCGCCUUGUUGCAGGGAAGCGUGAGCGAUAGGGAGGGCAUGGUGAUGAUGCUUGAUGAUGAGGACUAUGAGCAUGCGUGUCAUUUAGCUCAAGAAUUGGUUGACGAUGGAAAGGCAGAUGAAAUGCUGCCGAUUGAGAUGACCAAGUUCUUCACGAUUGGCCCUUUGAGUGCGAAACGGUUUCUAUCGUUGGCGAGUCCGCCGCCGAACUUCGCUGGAGAGGACGAUUAUUUCAGCAGUGACUUGUCGGAUGGGAGGCUAGAGAGGACUUUUGGAGCUGUCGGAAGGAGUAAAGUGAGAUUUGCGUUUCUGUUUGGUGAUCGCGAUCAGCAUGUCCCGAAAAGCGUGGAUAAGAAAGCUAUGGUGCAGAAGUGGGAGCGUUUCAUAAAAGCCGCUGGUGGGACUGUCGAUGAGGCAAGCGGGAUCCUAGAGGGUGGCACCCACACAUUGAAGGAAGCAGGUGCGCCGCUUGAUUCGAUGGUUAAGAAGAUCAGGGGAUUUGUGAGUAGACUAGAAGUAUAG